AGCAGGCUGGUGGUAAUUAUCCAGUAAACGGAUUGGAGGUCAGUUUAGAGAAAGGGAGAGACUAAAACCAUUCGCCGAAAAUCCUUCAUGGCAGCAUCUGUCAUAUGGCCAAGUAAAGGAGUUAGCGACUAGUGCCUUUCACCUGCCAGAGUUCUGACGUUAAAGAGAUCCCAGAGGCAGCCUAAGAUGACUGGGAUGUGGAUCUCUGACAUGUGAUGGCGUCCAAAGUCCGAGAUGCUGUGGUGUGGUACCAGAAGAAGAUUGGUGCGUAUGACCAGCAGAUAUGGGAGAAGUCGGUGGAGCAAAGAGAAAUCAAGUUUAUUAGAUGGGGUCUGAGGAACAAGCCAAAGAAGACGGGUCAUGUGAAGCCAGAUCUCAUCGAUGUGGACCUGGUCCGAGGCUCUGCGUUUGCGAAGGCGAAGCCGGAGAGCCCGUGGACGUCUCUGACCCGUAAAGGUCUGGUGCGGGUCGUCUGCUUCCCCUUCUUCUUCCGCUGGUGGAUCCAGGUCACGUCCCCGGGGAUCUUCCUCCUGCUGCUCACACUCUACCUGCUGCAGGUGCUGGUUGCGGUGCUGUAUGUGUGUGUGGCGGAGACCAGCGCCGUUGUCCCGGUGACGGAAGUGUUUGGGGGGGCGUGGCUGCUGCUGCUGCUGGGGACGGUGCACUGCCAGAUCGUCUCCACCCGGACGCCCAAACCGUCGCCUAGCAACAGCGGCAAGAGGCGGAGGAAACUGAGGAAAGCGCAGCACCUGGAGGCACAUAGGGAGGCUGAUGGAUCUAGCACUACUGAUUACACCCAGGAGGGGGCGCCAGACUCCACUGGCUCCUCCGGCCCCUUCUUCUUCUUCUCCUCUCUCCUCUCUGGCCUGUGGCAUGGCCUCCUCUCUCAGGCCGGGUCCAGGCGUUCUAAGCUGUCCAUCGAUAAGUCGACGGAGACGGACCACGGCUACGUGUCGCUGGACGGACGCAUCACCAGCAAGAGCAGCGAGGAGGGCUUGCAGAUGAACACAGACACACACACACACUCUCACACUCACACACACACACACACACACCCGGAGCUGCUGCGCCCCGAUGAGCCCUGCUGGGGCGCCCUGGGACCCCGAAGCAACCUGCUGCUGCCGCCUCUCAGCAAGUGUCUGCCAGAGUCUCUGCUCCCGCGUGAGGCUGAGAACAUGUCUGAUGAGGCGUCGAGCGAAGAGGACCCUGAACACUCCUACAGCGCCAUCCGCAGGGGGGUGGAGAGACUGACCAGCGAGUGCACCCUCCGCAACCGCAAGACACACAGCUACAAGAAGCACUACACCACAGAGGAACAGAAGCAGUCGGGCACGAGCUGCAGCUCCCGAUGCUCCAGCCUGCGCACGCAGGACUCUGAGAGCACGCGCCACGAGUCGGAGACGGAGGACGUCCUGUGGGAAGACUUCCUGCACUGCGCCGAGUGCCGCUCCUCCUGCACCAGCGAGACCGAGACAGAGGUGGGCGCCGUCUGCAACGCAGCAGGCAAGAAGGAGUACAGGGACGACCCCUUCCACCAGGGUCACGUUCCAUGGCUGCACUCGUCCAACCCCGGGCUGGAGCGCGUGAGCGCCAUCGUGUGGGAGGGCAACGAGUGCAAGAAGGCCGACAUGUCCGUGCUGGAGAUCAGUGGCAUGAUCAUGAACAGGGUGAACCUGCACCCCCCCGGGUUCGGGUACCAGAUGUUUGGUAACGUGGUGUCCGUGGCGCUGGGCCUGACGCCGUUUGCGUACCGCCUGUGCCAGUGUGGCGAGCUGGAGCAGCUGGCCAGCCUCUCGGCGGGCGAGCUGCUCUCCGCCGCCUUCGGCUCCAGUGACGCCGUCGUGGUCGCCAUGGUGACGGUCAGCCUGGUGGUGCGGAUCAGCCUCACCUGCCUCUUCUUCUUCCUCCUCAGCGUCGCCGAGCGCACCUACAAGCAGAGGCUGCUCUUUGCGAAGCUCUUUGGUCACCUGACGUCGGCCCGCCGGGCCCGUAAGUCAGAGGUGCCGCACUUCCGCCUGAAGAAGGUCCAGAACAUCAAGAUGUGGCUCUCACUCCGCUCCUACCUCAAGAGACGUGGUCCUCAGAGGUCAGUGGAUGUGAUCGUCUCUUCAGCCUUCUUACUCACCCUGUCUGUGGUGGUCCUCUGCUGUGCACAGCUGCUGCACGUGCACGAGGCCUUCCUGUCCUGCCACUAUAACUGGGAGCUGGUGAUCUGGUGCUCUUCGCUCUCCCUCUUCCUCCUCCGGUUCAUCACACUCGGCUCCGAGACCAGCAAGAAGUACAGCAACACAUCCCUACUGCUGACGGAGCAGAUUAACCUGUACCUGAAGAUGGAGAAGAAGCCAAACAAGAAGGAGGAUCUAACUCUGGUCAACAACGUGCUGAAGCUGGCCACCAAACUACUCAAGGAGUUGGACACCCCGUUCCGUCUGUAUGGCCUGACCAUGAACCCGCUGCUGUACAGCAUAACUCAGGUGGUCAUCCUGUCCGCUGUGUCUGGAGUCAUCAGUGACCUGCUGGGCUUCAACCUGAAGCUCUGGAAGAUCAAGUCAUGACGUUGAGGCCCCAGGCCCCCAGCGGCUCCUCCUCCUCCUGCUAUGGACAGUUCUCACCCUUGACCACAGGAGGGCGCUGCUGCUGCCUCCCAGAUGGGUGCUUUGGGUUUCCUGACAUAUCGGAGUGCUUACGUUACGUUUCACUUGUGCAAUUCAUUCACAUAUUUAUUUAUUUACCUUUUCAGUGUUUUGGGUUCUCCGUCUUUAGCUGUGUGAACUUUAAAGUGUCGUAUUAGCUACAGGUGUGUGUGUGCGUGCGUGCUAGAGGUGUGUGUGUGUGUGUGCGUGCUAGAGGUGUGUGCGUGCGUGCGUGUGUGCGCGUGCUAGAGGUGUGUGUUCCCACGGACCCAGAGGAGGCUGGGAGAAGAAAAACAAAAACUGACAUUUGGAAAGAAGGCAGUUUUGUAUACUGGAGUGUGUGUGUGUGUGUGCGUGCGUGCGUGUGUGUGUGUGUGUGUGUGUGUGUGUGUGUGUGUGCGCGCGUGCGUGCGUGCGUGCGUGUGUUUCAUCUUUUAAAAGAAGUUUCAUUUGUGCGUUGGACAAUGAGGGGGUUGUGCGUCGGCAUGGCUACCUCGUUUUAAACGACCCCCACCGGAUCCACAUGGACAGCGGUUACAGGUGUGCAGAAAGGACACGAGCCAAUCAGGCGUCUUCAUGGCCCGCGUUUCCAACGGCAACCCCAAACUGUUCCACCCUCCGAGUGGAGGAGUGUAGUACUACAGCCACACACACACACACACACACGCUGGAGCAGCACUGGGCCUCUGCAGGGGAGUCUGUUCUGAGAUUCUACAGUGUUUCACUUGAUCUGUGUGUGUGUGUGUGUGUGUGUGUGUGUGUGUGUGUGUGUGUGUGUGUGUGUGUGUGUGUGUGUGUGUGUGUGUGUGUGUGUGUGUGUGUGUGUAAAUGCUGAAGCUGUCGGUCCACUCACACUGUAUUCAGUGUUUAGGGAUUGUGUGUCAUGUCCUGUCAUUAUAUGGAAUGCAGUGUGUGUGUGUGUGUGUCUGCGUGUGUGUGUGUGUUUGCAAUAACACGUCACCCCACAUGCAGCUUCCUGUGGAAUAUCAUCAUCUGUUCCAGAGUUGACUGAGCCUGACAGGGUUCCACAGACAAGGGGUUCCACAGGGACAGGGUUCCACAGACAAGGGGUUCCACAGGGACAGGGUUCCACAGACAAGGGGUUCCACAGGGACAGGGUUCCACAGUCAAGGGGUUCCAUAGACACGGGACUCUUAUCAAACAUUUUAAGAUCUUCUUCAACUGCUCCCAUCAAAUGCAAUUAUUUUACAAAAUGUCUGAUAUCUGAUGUGUCCUCCCCUGAACAUGAACAACCUGAAACCCUUAGGGUGGUGUGGAGCAGGACACCGUGACCCUUGACCACACACACACACACACACACACACGGUGGUGUGGAGCAGGACACCGUGACCCCAGACCACACACACAUACACACAGGACACACGGUGGAGCAGGACACCCUGACCCCUGUAUGCCUGUGGACUCGGCCCUGUCCCUAGGAACACUUACACACUUUUGCUCCUUAUUUCUUACUGCUAAAUCACAGCCACAUGCUGGACGUGUCCGUGGAACCUGUGUUUUGGUCUAGAUUAAGUGUGUGUGUGUGUGUGUGUGUGUGUGUGGGUGUGGGUGUGGUGUGGGUGUGGGUGUGGGUGUGGGUGUGGUUGUGUGUGAGCGUGCAUAUUCUUUUAAGGAUUGUGACAUGUUCAAAAGAACCGUGAGAAGAUGUGACCUUAUAAACACACACACACACACCUCCUCAUAAACGCAAACACACACACACACACACCUCCUCAUAACCACAAACACACACACACACCUUCUCAUAAACGCAAACACAAGCAAGCUGUUACUAAACCUGCCGCCGCGGAUCUGACCAUCGUCUGGAGCCGCUGAUAUUAAGUCCGCAGCAACACUAGAGAGAGUGUGUGUGUGUGAGAGUGUGUAUUUCAGUGACAGCGUUAGUCUAUCUGAUAGCCUUCCGUGUUCUGUGCAGGACCGUCUGUAAAGAUGACCAAAGUGGUCUCACACACACACACAGGACCGUCUGUAAAGAUGACCAAAGUGGUCUCACACACACACACACACACAGGACCGUCUGUAAAGAUGACCAAAGUGGUCUCACACACACAGGACCGUCUGUAAGAUGACCAACGUGGUCUCUCACACACACACACACACACACACACAGAGGACCGUCUGUAAGAUGACCAAAGUUCCUAUUUUUGUCUGCUUUACCUUUGCUGGAAAUGAAUGUAUUACUGUAAGCUUCACAACCUUUAUUUUGAAAUGCUUUAAAGAAUUGUUGUUCCUGAUUA